AUGGAUCAGAAGGAAGACGAGAGAAGAGAAGAAGCAAUAGCAUCAAACCCAUCUCUGCAAGCAAAUUUCAAGCCAAAACGUGUGACCCAAGACCAGCUCUCCAAGCUACAAAAUGCUUUGAUGUUGCAAAGUUUUGAGAUUUUGUGUCUAUUAGAUGGUACUGGCAAAUCUCAUGGCAAAGCCCUCAAAAGCAAAGAUACAGGCACAAACAUUGAAGACUCAGGUGUUUCUCACUUGAAAACCAGUGAUGACAAUGUCAAUUUCUCUGCACCACAAGACAAUGAUGCACAUCAUUCAGAAAAGAAACGCCAGAAAUUACAUUGGGGGUACGCUCUGCUAUUUGUCAUUGACCUACCGGACAUGCACAUAAAAUUAUAUGUUCUAGCCAAGUUAUGGAAGCAUGAUUCUGAAAGUUUAGCGUCUUUUAGAAAGUGGUCAGUUAAACAGCACUCAGGAGUACAGAUGCUUCUAAAAGCUGUAACGUCAGGCGCCAUCUCGAUUGCAGAAUGUUAUCAGGAUACCGUAUAUGUAUCAGUUGCGGUUGCAGAUGAGCUCAACGCCUUAACUUGA